GCGAGCACGUGAUGCUAAACCAGGAAGAGAAGCUAGGGCUGCUGAGAUCUUGUUCAAUAUUUAGAUUUUAAUCGAUAUGUGUGUCGUGAUGAUGAUGUGUUGUUGAUAUGAUUCAUACAUGACCUGUGAGGCAUGAUGUGGGGCUCUCGCUUCUUUGCGGGGGGUGUGAGGAGAGUCCUGAGGCUGGAUGUGUUUAAAGACAUGGCUCGCCAGUAUCCCUUCAUCUUCUGUAUCUUUACUGUCAUGAUCUCCUCCACCAUCGUACUCAACCAAUAUCUCCACAUUCUGAUGAUAUUCUGGUCUUUUCUGGCUGGAGUCAUCACAUUCUACUGCUCUCUCAGCCCUGAAUACCUGCUGCCCAACAUAUUCAUCUCAACAAGAGCCAAGAGGAGACCUCAGGAGCAGCAGGAGUUGUUUCCUCUGGGUCACAGUUGUGCCGUAUGUGGGAAACAUCAAUGCAAACGUCACAGACCGACUCUUCUCCUGGAGAACUAUCAGCCGUGGCUGGAUCUGAAGGUGCCGUCUAAAGUGGAUGCCAGCGUCUCAGAGGUUCUGGAGUUAGUUCUGGAGAACUUCGUGUACCCGUGGUACAGAGAUAUAACAGAUGAUGAGGCGUGUGUGGAUGAACUGAGACAGACGAUCCGUUUCUUUGCCGCCGUUCUGGCUCACCGAACACAAAAGGUGGAUGUUCCUUCAGUUGUGAUGGGCAAAAUGAUGAGAGCUGCUAUGAAGCACAUCGAGAUCAUUGCUAAAGCACAACAGAAAGUGAAGAAUUCAGAAGGUCUCCAGCAGGCGGCUCUAUUGGAGUACGGUGCAGAUUUACAUGUGGCUCUGCGAAGCCGCAAAGAUGAACUUCUGUACCUGAGGAAACUGACAGAGCUGCUGUUUUCAUACGUCAUGCCUCCUAAAGCCACAGACUGCAGAUCUUUGGCUCUGCUGAUUCGGGAGGUCAUGACAGGGUCGGUUUUUCUCCCAAUAAUGGACUAUGUGGCCGAUCCAGACACAGUGAAUCACAUGAUCCUCAUCUUCAUCGAUGACACUCCUCCCGAGCCGUUGACGGACCCCGUGUCUGCGCAGGUGUCAUUCCUGCAGAAGUUUGCAGACACCCGCAACAAGAAAACCUCGGUGUUGAAGUUGGACCUGAAGGAGAUCAGAGAUCAGCAGGACCUGUUGUUUCGCUUCAUGAGUUUUCUGAAAGAGGAGGGAGCCGUUCACGUCCUGCAGUUCUGUCUGACCGUAGAGGAGUUUAAUGACAGGAUCCUGCAUCCUGAUCUGAGCGACGCAGAGAUGCAGCGUUUGCAUGAAGAGGUGCAGAAGAUCUAUGAGACGUACUGUCUGGACGAGAGCGUCGACAAGAUCAGCUUUGAUCCGUUCAUCAUCGAAGAGAUCCACAACAUCGCUCAGGGGCCGUACGCAGGCGUGGUGAAGCUGCAGACGAUGCGCUGUCUGUUUGAAGCCUACGAGCAUGUGCUCUCUCUCCUGGAGAACGUCUUCACACCCAUGUUCUGUCACAGCGAUGAGUAUUUCAGACACCUGCUGUGGGGUGCAGAAUCUCCCGCUCGAAAUUCAAAGCUGAGCAGGAAUUUGAGUAUGGAUGAUUUAAGGAACACAUCGAAGCGCGGCGAGUCGUUUGGCAUCGGUCGUAUCGGCAGUAAGAUUAAGGGCGUGUUCAAGAGCAGCGCCAUGGAAGGAGCUCUGCUGCCACAAUACGCCAUGAUCGAGGGAGAAGACGACACCGUGGAGGAGGCAGCGGUGGUGUUGGAGGACGACUCUCCAGGGCCCGCGGAGAACGCCGGGACACCGGGAACACUGCGGAACCUCUCCGCUUGGACCAUCUCCAUCCCUUACGUGGACUUUUAUGAAGAUGAAGUUAAGAAAGAACGCAUACCGGUCUUCUACAUCGAGGUGGAACGACACGACAGAAAGAACGUGGGUCAUGAGAUGGAGAGCUGGUUUGUGUACAGAAGAUAUCUGGAGUUUUACGUGCUGGAGUCCAAACUCACAGAGUUUCAUGGUUCAUUCCAGGACGCACAGCUGCCUUCCAAAAGAAUCAUUGGACCAAAGAAUUAUGAAUUCUUAACCUCCAAACGCGUUGAAUUUCAGGAAUAUUUACAGAACCUGCUGCUUCAUCCGGAGCUGAGUAACAGUCAACUGCUGGCCGACUUUCUGUCUCCACACAGCAUGGAGUCUCAGUUUUUAGACCGGGCUCGCUCCGAUGUUAACCUGGGGAAGAUUUUUAAGUCUGUUCCAGGGAAACUUAUUAAAGAGAAAGGACAGAACCUGGAGCCGUUCAUUCAGUCCUUCUUCAGCUCGUGUGAAUCUCCCAAACCCAAACCCAGCAGACCCGAGCUCACCAUCCUCAGACCCACCGCAGAAAACGACAAGAAGCUGUUCAACGAGUUAUACGGAAACAAUGCCAAUCUGCCCGAGGGCCUGGAGAGAAAACACAACCAGAAUUAUUUCAUGGAGCUGAUGGAGGUGGACGGAGCGUAUGACUACAUCAUGUACAUAGGCCGUGUGAUAUUCCACAUGCCGGACUGGCUGCAUCACAUUCUGAGCGCGGGUCGUAUUCUCCUGAAGAGAACUCUAGAGGCGUACGUGGAACAUUAUUUCCACUUUAAACUCGAGCAGAUCAUGCAAGAAAAUCGCCUCGUGUCUCUCAUCACUCUCCUGCGAGAUGCAGUUUUCUGUGAGAGCACGGAGGAACGUUCUCCUGGAGACAAACAGAAACGAGCCAAGCAGACCUUUGAAGAGAUGAUGAACUACCUGCCAGAUGCAGUGGGGAAGUGUAUCAGUGAAGAAGCGAAGUAUGAGGGUGUGAAGUUGCUCUUCAGUGCCGUUCAGCAGCCGCUGCUCAAUAAACAGGUGACGUACGUGUUACUGGACAUCGCCGUUCAGGAGCUCUUUCCAGAGCUCUGUAAGGAGAAUCAAAAAGAUCAGGUCUCCAGCAGAUGGAUGUGAGACACAUGUGAAGAGAGCUAACGUCACAACACAUUAGAUCUGACUAGUAAAAUUCAACUAUUUAUUCAUUGUAAUGAGGUCGUAUUUCAUGUUUGAUGGAGUCAAACGAUUGGAGUCCUCCGCUGUAACAGUGCAGUAAGACAUGAGGAGACCUUAGGUUGGGUAGAACAGCAUUUAUUAAACACACAACAGAGAUCUAAAGUGUCAGAGACAUCGUCCUUUCAGACAUGUACGGAAAGUAAACCCCUUAAAACACAUGAAACAUUGUGCUACAUUUGAUGUGAUUUCAUAACAGUAAGAGACCCGUGCAAACCUCUUUUGUAAAUGUACUGGCUUUAGGAAAUAAAAGUCUUAAUAUAUCUG